AUGAGUUUAUUAUCAUAUCAAAAAUCCCAGGGCACACUGGGAUUGGGAAUAACAGAGAUUGAAAAUUCAACUAGGAAGUUAGUAGAAAAUGAAACUCAAAAAUUCGAAGCAUAUAUUGAUAUUUUGAAGGAUCAGAUGGUUGGUAUGGGGGAAUUGGAACAUGAAAAUGAAAUACUACACGAGGAAAUAGCCAGAAUAACAGAACAAUUAAGCUUGAGGGAGAUGGAUAUGGAGUCUAAGGAAAAGAGAAUAUUUGAACUUGAAAAGUGCGUAGGAGAUUCUCAAAAAAUGAAUAAAGAUUAUGAAAAAGAGUUGAAUGACCUUACAAAAGAGAAAAACGAUCUAAAAACUCAUUUAAAUGAGAUGAGUAUUCAGCUCGAAAAGUUAAUAAAAGAAAGUAAUACUUCUACAAAAGAAGUGAUCCGGGGUGAUGAUGAGGAGAAAAACACAUCAAGAAGUAAGUCCAAGAAGAGAACAUCUGAAGAACAUGAAAGUGAGAAUAUCUCAGCUAAUAUAGCUUCUCAAGAGGCUCCAACAUUGAAAAAAAGCCGUUUAAGACGCCCACAAAAUGAAGAUAAUUCGGAGUCUAAAAAGAGUAUUAGUAAGGAUGCUGAGCCUAUUAUCAAAGAUGGAAAAUUGGGUAAGGAAGAAAAUCCUUUGAAAGAUGUAUUAGGCAGGACCAAUUUGGGUAGGCUAAGAGCUCCUUUACUUAGAAGUCGUGUUGUGAAAGCAGCAGAGGCUGCAAAUCCAGAGGUUGAGAAUCUUCCAGAGUUAAAGACUCUUGAAAAGGAGAAGUCAAAGCCAGGGAAAAUGAAGAAAUCAACAACAUCUGUAGAAUCAAAGAAAUCAGGUAAAAAGACAAGUAAAGUAGCAAAAAUAGCUAAAAUUCCUCAUUAUGACGAGAAUAUAUUAAACUCAAUGAAGGUUCCUGAGUUAAAAAAUGUUUGUAGUAAGCUUCAAUUGGAGGUAAAUCAGAGAGCAAGAAAGUCUGAUUUGAUUCAAUCAAUUCUUUCUUUUCAAGGAGAGUAG